UUGAAGUGGUAGAGAGAGAGAGAGAGAGAGAUAUCACCAAUCCCUCCUCCAUAAUCCCUUCCGAUUCGAUCCAUCGGCAUUCCGUUCUUCGUCUCCUGUUCGAAUUCUAUGUGACUUGAUCGGAUCGGAUUGAAUUCUUGGAUGCAAUUUCUUCGCAAUUGAUCGAUAUAGUGAGGCAUAGCCGCGGCGGAAGAUGUCCGGCGCGGUCAAGGCGGUGGAGCAGCGGAUCGACUUCCCCGCCAAGAUGGAGACACUGCCGACGGAGACGGAUCAGAAGCAGCAUCGGAAACAGGGCGGUUGCAACCCGGUGAAGAAGCCGGGACCCGUGUCCAUGGACCACGUCCUGCUCGCGCUGCGCGAGACCAAGGAGGAGCGGGAGGCCCGGAUCCGGAGCCUCUUUGGCUUCUUCGACAAGGCAGGGCUUGGCUACCUCGAUUAUGACCAGAUCGAGACUGGCCUGUCCGGUCUCAACAUCCCCGCUGAGUACAAGUACGCUAGGGAUCUCCUUAAGGUUUGCGACUCCGACCGCGACGGGCGCGUCGAAUACCAGGAGUUCCGUAGGUACAUGGACGGCAAGGAGCUCGAGCUCUAUCGAAUCUUCCAGGCCAUCGAUGUCGAGCAUAAUGGCUGUAUUUUGCCCGAGGAACUCUGGGAUGCCCUCAUCGAGGCAGGGAUUGAAAUUGAUGAUGAAGAGCUUGCUAGUUUCGUGGACCAUGUUGAUAAGGAUAACAAUGGGAUUAUAACUUUUGAGGAAUGGAGAGAUUUUCUUCUACUUUACCCUCAUGAAAUAACUAUGGAGAACAUCUACCAGUAUUGGGAAAAAGUUUGUCACAUUGAUAUUGGCGAACAGGCUGUUAUCCCAGAAGGGAUAAGUAAACAUUCGAAUGCAGCCAAAUACCUCAUUGCAGGUGGUGUUGCUGGAGCAACUUCUCGUACCACCACUGCUCCUCUUGACAGGCUUAAAGUGAUUUUGCAAGUACAGACAACACAAGCACGUAUUUUGCCAGCAACAAAAAAGAUAUGGAGAGAGAGUGGUUUCUUGGGGUUUUUUAGGGGUAAUGGUUUGAAUGUGAUGAAGGUUGCACCGGAAAGUGCAUUAAGAUUUUUUGCAUUUGAACUACUGAAAGAUUAUAUAGUUAAAGCCAAAGGUACUGAUAAGAGUGAUAUUGGUGCUUCUGGCCGUUUGAUUGCUGGUGGUUUAGCCGGUGCAGUGGCACAAACUGCUAUCUAUCCCUUGGAUCUUGUGAAAACUCGACUACAGACUCAUGCAUGUGAAGGCAGUAGAGUUCCCAGUCUAGCCACUUUAACAAAAGACAUUUGGGUUCAUGAAGGGCCUCGAGCUUUCUACAGAGGGGUUGUACCAUCUCUUCUUGGAAUUAUUCCAUAUGCAGGCAUAGAUCUUACUGCAUAUGAGACCCUAAAGGAGAUGUCUAGAACAUAUAUUCUUAACAACACUGAACCAGGCCCUCUUGUGCAACUGGGUUGUGGAACUAUCUCAGGUGCUCUAGGUGCAACGUGUGUUUACCCUUUGCAGGUUAUUAGAACGAGAAUGCAGGCCCAACGUGCCAACUCCUCUACUUCUUAUAGUGGGAUGUCUGAUGUGUUCUGGAAAACCUUUAGAAAUGAAGGAUUUGGGGGGUUCUAUAAAGGGCUAUUCCCGAACCUACUCAAAGUAGUGCCAUCUGCUAGCAUUACUUAUCUAGUUUAUGAAACAAUGAAAAAGAGUCUUUUCCUUGAUUAAAGGAACUUUCCAAAUUUUUCUCCAUAUCCCACCAUAAUUGACAUGGCUGACUAUAAGUAUUAUGAUAAUGAAGAGAAGAUUACAGUUAGGUUAGGUGCAUCAAUUGUUUCAGUUGUGUUAUUGUAGUUUUCUACACAUUAACUAAAAGUUAUUAGUGUCGGAGGAGCUCCUUUUCCAAUGGCAUUUGGAGUUUAUAGGCAUGGGCAAGCAGUAUAGCUUCAUGAGUCAGGUAUAAUUUAUGUCUUUGUAUGCUGCUUUAUCUUGGAUAUAACUGAUGGUUAUCCUUGUAGUUACAUGUUUUUUAUCUGAAAUGUUGAGCAUUGUUCUGAUUUGGCUUUAAGCAACAUAAUAAUUGGGAUAUUGCAAAUUAGCCAUAAGAAAUGAGUUAAGGUUGGAUUCAUGGAAAAUAGUUUGUAACAUAUGUGCUAAGGUGCAAAUAACACUCCUUUAAUAACUCGGGUAGGUUUUGUUGGAAGAAGAUGCUAAUUGUUGCUUUUCUCAUUUCAAUCUUUAUAGUUUUAGAUAAAUAUGAUACUAACUAUCCAUGAAUCCAAGAGGUUUCUUGAAGAAGAUGUUAAUUGUUGCUUUUCUCAUUUAAAUCUUCUUGAAAGUGCCAAAUAAAUAUGUUACAAAUUCUUAGUUUUACAAAAUAUUAUAGAAGUGGGCAUGAUUCUUUGGUUAGACUGGCCCUUUGUAUGGGAAAUAAUCUUUCUUUGAUGCUAGGGAAGUUGAUUGUCCUAGGCUGACAACCCAAUGAGUGGUUUGAAGGUUUUAAAAAGCUUAUGGUUGAGUCCUUGAUAGUGUCAUUUUAGUUGAUUUUGGUAGAUGUUAAUUUGGCUUGUUCUAGAUGUGAACCAAUUGAAGAUUAAAAGAACAUGUAGCCUCUAUGCACAGUGCAGUUUGCAAAAUUUCUAACUUUGCAGCAUAUCUAAUCCAAUUUCGGAAUGCCAACAUAUAUGGCAUGUGAUUGGUAUGAGGUGAUGCAGUGAUGCUCUGCAUUGUCGAAUGUGGCUUUAUAGAUCUUUUCUUGAAGACAGUUGUUUGCCCUACAUAUUUUUUCCAGUUAACCUCUACAGCUAGUUCUGAACUAAUGAUAUCCUGCUAUAAAAAUAGCAAGAAACCAAACAUGCAUGAAUCACAACUUAACUAACUAUCCCAAUGCAUUAAUGUCAUUGGGGCUCCCAGAACUCUUUUGCUGCAUAGAAAUAAAUUUUUCUGUUUGUCAAAAGUUCUGAAAGAAAAAGAAAAGGUACUAAAAACAAAAUAAAGCCAAUAACCAUGUAUUAUUGGUAUUUACUGCAGUAGGUCAGUAAAGCAGGGAAAGGGAGAGAAUUGUGAAUGGAGAAUCCAAAUGGUUUUACCUUGUAUCGUGUGAAUUUGAUGCUAACAAUAUGAAAAAAUGUAGUCUUAAUAUCCCAAGGUUUAGUUGAAUUUGUUGCUCUUGAUGUAAUCAGUUGAUAAUUGUGCCCUUUAAUUAUUCUCAUGUCUGUUUUAACUUUAAUUCUUCAAGUAAUUCCAGUGGAACUGUUCUGAACUGAGGGUGUUGUUAAUGAGAACCAGCCAUUGUUCCUCAAUCAUAUUAGCCUUUGGACUGUGGUGUCAUUGAAUAUCUCGAUUUUUCCAAUACCAAGAACUCUUAAACUUUGUGUUCAACAGUUGCACUUGUGCCAUGGAUUUGCCAAGAUCCAUUUUUUAGAGAAAUUUGAAAAUUGAAAAUGGUGUUUAAUGCUGACAGUAUGAUCAGUGUUCAGCAGUUCACUCGUCACCAUGGAAAAAUUUGAUCUGUCUUAAAGAUUUUGGAGAGUGUUCAGAAACUUGAAGCUCCUCUGCCUUUUUAUUUGAUUUUCCUUUAAAAUUUCUCAUCUAUCCCUACUGUGCACCUCCCUCGUCCAUUUUCCUUUGAUUAGUAUCCCAUUUUUGUAGAUUGACUCUAUAAUGUUUUCCAGCUCCUCAGUUUGAGGCAUCACUUUGUGAGACCAUGCAAAAGGGACUAGCCUUUGCAAUUUAGUAAAACUUGUGCAAGAAUUGUCUUGUCCAUUUUCAAUUGUUCCCUCUUCAAUUUUAGGGUCAUUUAAACUGAUAUAUAAAUUCUAUUGUUGUAUUUUUUUUCUUCUUCUUUUAUUGUCACUGAUUAUUCUUGGUAUAUUUUCAUGUUGCAGUGCGAAUACAGCGUUAUGUUCUUAGAAGCAUGGUCCAAGGAGCAUCUCAGAACUUAUUUAACUAAAACAAUUGUAUUAUUAAACAUGAGGCUCUUUCUACUUGAAUUCUUGAGCUUUCUUAUUUGCGGCAGUAUCUUACUCCUUGCGGAGUUCAUUGGUCAUCUUAAUUACCUAUAAACUAGCUGAAUAAAUGGAAACUAGACUUGUUGUCAUUACAACAUCGAUUGAGAAAGAGCUUGAGAGAAUAAAUGUUGGCACCCCAACUAAUGUUCCAUGAGCAAGAUUAGACCGCCCCACUAAUUUCUUAGUCUUUCAAUUUUUGUUGCUAUAGAGUUUUAUGUGAGUAGUUGUAUUGCAUAAUCAUCCUUUUUGUUUUUCAAAGGUGUUAUAAUAGAAAUUGAUGUGAUUCA